AGUAGUUCACCAGUCAUUGAGUCGAGUUGAGUCGCAGAUCGAGUUCAAAGUGCAAAGACGCCCAAACUUCCACAAAGCUUAUUUAUUUUCUGGAAGGACGAAAAAGCAAAACACGAUGACAACUACACCAACAGCAAACACUGCCGCAACGGCCGACACGCCACUACAAAUAUCUUUCUUGCAGCAAUUGCAGACCGUCGUAUCUCGCCACAGCAAGGAGACCUUUGCCACUUGGUACAAUGUUAAAGGCGAGGCUACCAACGAAUAUACCUUCCAAGAGCUGUGGGAUGAAGCCGGUCUCAUCAGUUACCAGCUGAGGCGCAAGUGGGGUCUGCAAAAAGGACAACGAGUCGUCUUGUGUUAUGAUUUCGGAUUGCACUUCUUUGCCGCUUUCCUGGGCUGCCUUAGGGCUGGCAUUGUCGCCGUGCUCGUCUAUCCUCCGAGUCCUCCUCUUGCCAAGUCCUUGGCCAAAAUGACCAAAGUGGUAAAGGACUGCCAGCCAGCUCUUAUCUUGACCGAUAUCAAAGUCUUUGCCUUUAAAAAGUCCGAUCAACUCAACCCGUUUUCCAAUAGCCGGCAUUUGUGGCCUUCCAACAAUGUGGAAUACAAGGUCACCGAUAUCCUCCAGACUUCCUUUCUUCCCUCCUUCCGAAAAACAAAGUCUUUUGAUGAAGCCGCCAUUGCUCCCAGUGAUCUAGCUUUUCUGCAGUAUACUUCCGGGAGUACUGGAGAACCCAAAGGUGUUAUGAUUACACACCAGGCAUUGAAGGCCAAUGUAGCAUUGGUCCAUAAUGGAUUUGAAUCGUACUACCAACGAGGCGGAGGAGUUGGAAAACUAGAGGAGGGACAACGUCCUUCGGGCUUUUCCUGGUUGCCUCAGUAUCAUGACUUGGGUCUCAUCUACGCCAGCAUUGCACCCUUUGCCGGAGGCUGGAGAAUGCACAUGAUGUCUCCCUUGACGUUUAUCCAACGACCACUUUUGUGGUUGGAACUCAUGAGCCAACACAAGGUCAAUCUGGGAGUCGGACCGGACUUUGCCUUUAAACUAUGUGUACGAAAGUAUCAAGAAGCACAAGCACGACGACCAGAUGGAGCGGACCCAAUACUGCCAGGACUGGAUUUGUCUUGCAUUCACAAUCUUCAAUGUGGGACGGAACCGGUGCGGUUAGAUACGGCAUCUUCCUUUUGGGAUGCCUUUGGAAAGUAUGGCUUGAGGAAAGAUUACUUCUCGGCAGGCUACGGUUUGGCGGAGAAUGUUGUUGGCGUCUGCUUUUGCAAUGGAUUCCAUCUUUCAAACCGUGAAGAGGAUAGACAGCCUUUUGUGGCCAUUGGGGAACGCGACAUGUUGGCAGAGCACUUGGGAAUCAUCAUUGUGGAUCCAACAACCUGCACUCAGGUGGAGGAUGGAGUCACGGGAGAAGUCUGGAUAAGUGGGCCCAGUGUGGCAGCGGGUUAUCAUGGAAAGCCUGAACUGUCUCGGCAGGUCUUUCAAGCAAAGCUGCAGGUAGAUGAAGAACAAGGGGACGCAAUAACCGCAGCCGACAAAACCUUUUUGCGCACUGGUGAUUUGGGCUUUUUUGAUAACGACCUGUUCUACAUCUGCGGGCGCAUCAAAGACUUGAUCAUCAUCAAUGGAACGAACUACUAUCCUCAGGAUAUUGAGUACUGUUGCCAGAAUGCCUCACCAGGGGUCCGACCAGGCUGUGUAGCAUCUUUCUCUUCCAACGACUCGGGGGAGGAUGGAGAUGUCGUGGUGGUCUUUGAAAUACGAAAGAACCACGAAAAGGAUGCCAAGUCAAUCUGCCAAACCGUCAAAGACUCUAUUGCGCGAGAGAUUGGUAUCACUCCUUGGACCGUUGUCGCCAUUGCAGAAAGAACGCUCCCAAAGACCACUUCGGGAAAGAUAAGAAGACGAGAAACACGACAACAGUUUCAUGAUGGAACCUUGAACAAGGUUCAAGUACUCAUGGCAUCUUCCUCCCUGACGGAUGAGAAAGCUGCAUCGAGUGAUCGAACCUUUCAGGUUGCCAAUGAUCAAGACAGCAGCACGGACACACUCGCGGCGUCAUCUGCCGCCGCCGAUGAAAUGCAAGGCCUUUCCGAAAGCGACAAGUACGAAAAGAUUGUCUCGACUGUGCUGCCAAACUAUGAUCCACUUUCCUCCUGGGAGUCCAAUGGCAUGUCGUCCAUGAAACAGGUGGAACUCACUACUGAGUUAGCCAAAGCAUUUCCCAUUGAAAUCCCUCCAGACUUUCAGAUCAGACUGCCAACCCCGAGCUCUCUACAUACGUUUAUUCUCAACCAAUCCAACGGUGGUUCCUUCUUUCCCGUCGACAUGAGUGACUUUGGCCCAAUGACUGGCUGGUUGGAUAGACCAAUGCCAAUGUUCCUCUCUACAAUUCUUCAAGGAAUCGGAAUCGCCUGCAUGCUGUUGACCUUGUCAUUGAGCACAGCUCCUGCCAUCUAUUUUGUGAAGCUUUGCCAAGAUUCACACUUGAGAUGGCUAGCAGCCCUGCUCCCCUUGACGGUACCGGUUUGGCAUGUCUGCUUUUCCCUGAUGGUCGUCCUAUCCAAAUGGUUGGUCGUUGGACGCUAUACGGCACGAAAAGUGGCUGUUCCGUCCGUGAGCUUUUUGCGGUGGUGGUAUGUUGACAGGCUCCUCGAUCUCUGGGAAUUCACCACUGGCAACUUUUUGACAGGAACGCCCUUGCUGUGGGUCUUUUACCGCAUGAUGGGCGCCGCCUUGCCACUCUCAGUCCAAGUGGAUGCCUUUCUUCGUGAGUUUGAAUUGCUCCAGAUUGGUCCUUCGGUCUCCAUUGAAUAUACGGUUCGCUGUCGCAAGUUUGGUGAAUGGGAAAAGGUAGCCAACACCGAAUGUCCAACUCUACGAUUUCGACGUGUCGUCAUUGAAGAAGGUUGCACGGUUCGGGGCCUGGUUGGACCGGGUGCUACGAUCGGACACGCAAGUCACAUUGAGAAACUGGCUGCUGUCCCUGAAGGAGCGCAAGUCCCAGCCAACACAACCGCCGCGGGAAGUCCCGCCUUUCAUGGCCCGGAACCAUCGGUAGCAAACAAAACGAGUCAACUGCACAUUUACCUUGGAGCGCUCCGCGUUGCUUGGAUUGUGUUGGAGCUAUACCUGACAGCUGCCUUGGUGCUGCUGGGAGAGUUCGUCUUUGGCAGCCUCUUUGCACUCCAGUGGCGAUAUGCGGCUCUCCUACACGUCGUUGUCCUGCUCGCCUUUACUACCCUGGUUGGCUUUGUCCUGACCAUCCCUCUCAAGUGGAUCCUGGUAGGACGACGGAAACCAGACGUCGACAAGGAAUCCGAGAUGUGGUGCCUAUUCCACUGGAUGGCCGAUUAUCAUUUCCACCUCUACCGGGCCUUUUUCGAUUUGGUUUUGGUCAACUCCGUGACAUGCAAUCUGCUUCUCCGAUGCCUUGGGCUGGACAUUGAUUACGAGAGCAAGGUGUGGCUCUAUGACUUUCCUCCGAGCAAGGUCGACCUCAUUUCGAUUGAGAAAUCCAUGAUUUCCUGCGUCAACUUUGUUGUCAAGAGCGGUGGCAAGACGCAACGAAUUCGAUUGCAAAACUGCACUGUGGGGCAUACGGCCGUGCUUUCCAAUGGUUGCCACAUUCAAAACACAGAAAUCGCUCCUCUAACCAGAGUGACGAGUGACGUUUCCGGGGAUGCCGACAAGUGGGCAACCCACAGAGAGCUCCCGACGGUCAUGGACAAGCUGCCGGUGGAUUUGGCGGCAAUACCGAUUUUGUUUGGCCUUGCAUUGAGUUUUGUACCUACGAUCGAGUUCUACAACGCCAUGUCCUUCCUUCACAGUGACAACGCUAGUAUUCUUCCACACAUUCAGUUUGCCGUCAUUCAAUUGGCUUUGACCCUUGCCAUUCAUAGUCUGUCAUGGUACCUGAUCAAUGUCGUUGUCCAUCGUAUGAUGUUCAGGACAACCAAAAAGACGCCAGACGGAAGGCAACAACCUUGGAGCACGUCUGCCUACGCUGUCUACCUGACACUCAUGUUUAACUUUUGGGAGCUGUCGUUGCUAGUACUGCUCUGGGGAACUCCCUUUAUCAACCUCGUCUUGACUGGCCUGGGCAGCAAGAUUGACGGUCCUUUCUGGUAUUUCGGCCGCCGCGUCUACGAUGCUCCCAUGAUGUCCACCAAAGGCCGUACACUGGUGGAUACGGCUUCUUUGAACGGACACUCGGUGAUGUAUUUGGAGGUAGAACUGGGCGCCUGUCAAGUAUCGGGUCUACUGCAUGAAAACACAAUCUGCUUGGCAAAUACUCACAUGGAAGACAACGGAACGGAAUCUGGCCCCGUUCGAUUUGUGAACCCUUGCUCCAAGAAAGAACAGGUGCAUCUGGAACCGUGAAGUCGAGGCGAGCUAGCUAGCUACAUUAAUGCUGCAUUAAUGCUGCAACAUCCUCCCAACUCGAGGAUCCAUAGUCGCUGCCUACUGAUACGAUUUCGAGCCUAAAUUCUGAAUAGAGGCACCGAGAUACGCGACAGACAGCAGAGAAAGAUAUUCGCUUCUCUCCCGGACUAGGAUUGGCCCGUAAGAUGCCCCAUUGGUUCAUACUGUACAUGAGAUGCACUUCUACGACGUUGCAGACUCUAUCACAGAAGGGGGGUGUUCCCUACACUACGCCUGAGCGGACGCGCAUUAAACUGAUUGUUGUUUGGCCACGAUUUUGUGAUUUUUGUUUUGGACGUCUGUGAAUUGCUUAUAUCUUCCACACUAGCUAGACUAUCGAUCUAAUUUUGCUCCAACCGCAACUUUUGGUUUACCUACUAGCUACUCCUCCUUUUUGGUUCUCUUUGGCAACGCUUGCGAGAGUCGAAUGAGCCCAUCAAAAAUGCGUCGUCGAAAGGAUUUUCGAUAGGGUUGACAUUCGGGAUACGGCAAAGGACGUCCCAGUCCAUAAAAGUAGGCAUAUGCUCCACCCAAUCCGCCCGUAUUUCCAUAGUUGCGAUCGACCGUGUAGAAUCCAAAUUCUUGUACUUUUCCGUCGGGUGUGAAAUCCAUGUGAUAGAGUUGUGGCGGCAACACUAGUUCUUUGCCUUUUGGCUGCACUCCAAAGAAGGGUU